AUGUGGCAGGUCUAUCAGAUGCGGAGGCACAGUUUUUGGAAGCAGGAAGCAGAGACCAGGAUUGCAAAGCAGCUUGACUACCUUCACACCAAAGGCCUUUGGGCAGGGGAGACGGUGAUAGUUUCGUCAAAGGAUGAGGAGCAGGAGCGCGAACGUGAGAAGGAGAAACAGCGCGACAUCAGGGGCACUUCUCAAGUUGCCGAACGGGGAUUGUGGCUAUUGGCCAGAAGAGCGUGCAAAGUGCUGGCCAAGUUCUUGGGAAUUCUGGAGCCACGGGCUUUGGAAGGUGAAGUUGACUCAUGCAUUUCGGAGUGA